GGAGGGGCGUUGUUACGCAGCAGCAGGAUUGUGUGUGCGCGCGCCUCACGGGGCAAGUUUGGGGUAAAUGAAAGAGACAGAGGCAGAGCGGUGCUGCUUGAGGGUGUGAAAGCGAGUAGACCAGAGAAGGAGGGGUAUUAUAGUCGCUUACGCUUUUUGCACAACGUUAGAGAGUUUUAUCCAAAUUCUUGAGUCUGGAUCGAUACUGGGAUCAUUUUGGAGGACGAGUUCGCAAUCAUUUAUUUAUCCAUGGAAGAUAUGAGGCUCCGGUGCCUUCUGUCAUCAUCAUGAGAGGAGGAUGAGCGAGAGAUGGAGGAAUGCGAAGGACGUAGGGAAGGACCGUGACUCAUCUCGGCAGAGGAGCGAGGUGGACGGAGAACAGAGAAUCAAAAAUGGGCAACGCUUUAAAGAAAAAACUGACCGUUUCCAUCUGCUGAAAAAAGAGCUAGCGGCUCCUGCACUACGUGAUGUCCGAUAACGGAGAAGUGGAAGACAAGCCACCAGCACCGCCCAUGAGGAACACCAGCACCAUGAUGGGAUCCGGGAUCAAAGAGCCGAGCGCAAUGAACCACACCUCCAAACCACUGCCGCCCAAUCCCGAGGACAAGAAGCGCAAGGACCGCUCCAUCCGCUCCAUCCUCACUGGAGGAGGAGAUAAGACCAAUAAAAAGAAGGAGCGUCCGGAGAUUUCUCUGCCGUCAGACUUUGAGCACACCAUCCACGUGGGCUUCGAUGCCGUCACCGGAGAGUUCACUGGUAUGCCAGAGCAGUGGGCUCGUUUGCUCCAGACCUCAAACAUCACCAAGCUGGAGCAGAAGAAAAACCCUCAGGCCGUCCUAGAUGUACUGAAGUUCUACGACUCCAAAGAGACAGGCAACAGCCAGAAGUACAUGAGCUUCACAGAUAAAAGCUUGGACAGUUACAGCUCCUCCAAUGUUCCGAACUCCAAAGCUGUGUCUGAAACCCCCGCCGUAGCAACCGUAUCCGAGGACGAUGACGAGGACGAGGCCACGCCGCCACCCGUGAUCGCUCCACGACCCGAACACACCAAAUCUAUUUAUACCCGUUCAGUAAUUGAGCCCCUGCCUCCCGCCCCUGUGAAAGAUGCACCCCCGUCUCCUGUCUCUCCUCCACCUGCCGAGGAAGGCGGCGCCGCUCCAGCCGCCUCCUCUACCACACCACGCGCCGCCGACAAGAACCGCAAGAAGAAGAUGUCAGACGAGGAGAUUCUGGAGAAACUGCGGAGUAUUGUUAGUGUGGGUGAUCCUAAGAAGAAAUACACGCGCUUUGAGAAGAUUGGCCAGGGGGCGUCUGGAACGGUCUACACGGCAAUAGACAUCGCUACAGGACAAGAGGUGGCUAUCAAGCAGAUGAAUUUGCAGCAGCAGCCCAAAAAGGAGCUCAUCAUCAAUGAGAUUUUGGUCAUGAGGGAAAACAAGAAUCCCAACAUUGUUAAUUACCUGGACAGUUACCUGGUCGGCGACGAGUUGUGGGUGGUGAUGGAGUAUCUGGCUGGAGGCUCUCUGACCGACGUGGUGACGGAGACGUGCAUGGACGAGGCGCAGAUCGCCGCCGUGUGCCGGGAGUGUCUUCAAGCCCUGGAGUUCCUGCACUCCAACCAAGUGAUCCACAGGGACAUCAAGAGCGACAACAUCCUGCUGGGAAUGGACGGCUCCGUCAAACUCACUGAUUUUGGCUUCUGCGCCCAGAUCACCCCUGAACAGAGUAAACGCAGCACCAUGGUCGGCACGCCUUACUGGAUGGCCCCAGAGGUCGUAACCCGCAAGGCUUAUGGACCUAAAGUAGACAUUUGGUCCCUGGGCAUCAUGGCUAUCGAGAUGAUUGAGGGAGAGCCUCCGUACCUCAAUGAGAAUCCUCUGAGGGCGCUGUAUCUUAUUGCCACUAAUGGAACUCCGGAGCUGCAGAACCCCGAGAAGCUGUCGUCAGUUUUCCGAGACUUCCUCAAUCGCUGUUUAGAGAUGGAUGUGGAGAAAAGAGGUUCUGCCAAAGAGCUUCUACAGCAUCAGUUCCUGAAAGUGGCCAAGCCUCUCUCGAGCCUGACGCCGCUGAUUCUGGCAGCCAAGGAGGCGACCAAGAACAACCGCUAGCUCAGCACGGACGAGCACAGUGCCAUCUGUCUUCUCUCUUCUUCUACCCUAAACUCCCACAGCACACCCAUUAUCCCUACCUGUCUUUUUAUUGGGCAAGGAUCUGUAGAGUUUCUGUUGUCAGGGACAUUGUGUGUGUGCGUGUGUGUGUGUGUGUGUGUGUGUCCGCUCACAAGGCUCUCUAGAAGGAUGGCAUCACUGUAUAUGAAGAAUUCACUGGAUGCCACAGUGGAGCAACACUGUAUAUUUAACUCACAGGAUCAGAUCUGCUUCUGAUUCACAGUUACUUUUAAUCCGACUUUUCUUUUCGCCUUCGUCUCUAUGUUUGUGGUACUUUCUGAAUGGGAUCAACUGAUUUAAAUGGACCUUUUUUAUUUUUCUUUUUUUUUUAAAAAACAAAACAAAAAAUGUUUUGUAUUUCCGUGAGUGUGCGAACGACAGAACUAGAUUAGUGGACGUUGCAAUACCGCUCUAUUGCGUUUCCUUGACGGAAAAAAAAAAACAUGCGACACUGGUACUGACCCGGAGGAACGGCUGCUGGACGUGCUGGAGCAAACGAAGAACGUUAAACACGGAUGCUGUGCAUGAAGAACGCAUCCUCGUCCUUUUAUAGUCUUUUACUUUUACCUCUGUUAUUCUGUUCCCGCUAGCGCUUUAAAAUCAGGAUGUACGUUUCUUAUUGACAAAAUUAAAACACAAACUGUAGCAACAUGUGUUGUCAUGAACACUGAGUUAAUAGUGAUGUUUUUUUUUUAAUUGAUAUUAUACAAUAGAUUUAAUUUUAAAAAGAUUUGUACGUAGUGCUGAUGUACCCUUUGGCCUUAAACUGUGACGCAAAGGGAAGACGGUACAGCCUGCUUUUGCCUGAACCCUUUUUGUUUUACGCUGAUCGAUGGAAGAACGUAUUUCUCUUGUGUUUUUGAGCCAUAAACUCUGUUUAUAAGG